AUGGAACGGGGCCAGACAGGGAGACUCUGGCAGAUGGCCAGAGGGCAGAAUAGGGGAACCAGAGGCCUCUGGCAGAUGGCCAGAAGGCAGAUUCGUACCUCUGUAAACCAGCUCCUGUGCACCUCUAAGGAAUUCAGCUGGAUCCGCCACACCAUCAUCACUGUAGCCCUGCUGGCCAGCACCAACUCCCUGGUUAUCUUUGUCCCCAGCAUCAGGGACAUUUUUGCCGUCAUCAGCGCUUCUGCUGCCUUGCUCAUCUUCAUCCUGCCCUCGGCUUUCUACAUCAAACCGGUCAAGGAGUCCAUGAUGUCUGUGCUGAAGAUCGGGGCAGUCUGGUCACGGUGAUGGAUUGGUCACAUUACGUGAACUUCACACAAAAUGUAUCAGUUAUUGCGAGUAGCCUCUGCUCUUUGAAGACCUGCGAGACAGGCUUUGUCAUGAACAUUAUUGUGCUGUGGUGGCAGCCCGGCUGACGGUGAGUGUCCUGUUUAUUUCUCCUUUUUUUUUUUGCUUGUGAUUCUGUUUUCCCCUGGUGUUGUGUUUUCCUCUACUCUGCCUGCCUC